GUUGUCUUCAUCGACGACCACGAUCGCGAUGGCCAAGUCGACGGGGUGGGAUCCCGUACUCAUCAUCUCGCAGAUCAUAGCUCUCCAGACAUUGCACUACGUGACCCUCUCAUUCCUCAUCCCUCCAUUGCUCAUCAUGCUCGCUGAGCCUGGAUCAUUGGAGUACGAAGGCGGGGCGGCAAAUGUUGGGAUGAUCAUGGAUUGGCGAGAGAUGGCCGGACGACCAACGACGCGCGUGUCGCCAGGCGAUGGGCCUUGGAAGUCUUUCAACUCAGUAUGGAGUGGAGGGAGACAAGUUGGAACGGGAUCGGCUCAGCAGAGUCACUUCAGAGGCGUGGAUCCAGUACGAUGCUGGAUCAUCGCCGUGUGUUGGAUGGCAGCUUCGGCGGCAGACAUAUACUAUCUAUAUGCUCUCAUCCGACGACCGCGAUUGAUCCUCGACUUCUCACUCACUCUCCUGUUCUUUCAUCUGGUGCUCACGACGUACUACUCUGCGUCGAUCCCAACGUCCAUUUUCUUCUGGGCCGUCAUGUGCAUCAGUACCGCAGGCACUGUCGUUGUAGCAGAGCAAUUAUGUGUCAAGAGAGAAAUGAACGAAGGUCUUGUGGUUACUGCGGCCCAGGAUGUGGAGGAUAGCGUGGAGAUGGGUAGUCUUCUCCGGGAAGACUGAUGUGUUCAUCCGCUUCCUCUUUUUCCACGCUCAUGAUGUAUAUUGCCUCUAAUUAUCUGGAUACGCCUAGACCAUUUUAGGAUCAGCGAACUAAAACCUUAUCAACCUUUUGUUUGAUAGGAGGCAGCGGCUGGGACUGGAGUGCAAAAGCGGGUGCUUCUCGCAAACUCCGGUCUCAGUACACGGUGAGUGAUGCAUUCUCCUGUUCUUCGCCAGACUCGUCUUGCGCCGCGCAUCGGAU